AUGAAAACAGCUGCGAGGAGCCUCAUCAUCCUGGGCGUGAUCUCAGGUUUAACCAGUGGAGCUGAUAUCUUACCAGAUGAAGUCUUGACUGCAACUGUUGGAGGGACCGUGACGUUCAUCACAUCUGUAUCUCCACCAGUAACACCAUUUGUAUCUGUGGCUUGGGAUUUUGUCAAUACUAAUAAUGUAAAAGUAAAUAUAAUAACAUCCACUGAAUCAAACAACACCGCACCAGAGUACGAAGGCAGGAUCACUCUCUUGAGAUCUAAUGGAUCUCUGGAGCUCAGGAAUCUGACUCUUAAUGACAGUGGACAAUACAUAGUAAGCAUUAUACCAGAUGAGCAACAACAACAGACCACAGGACAAACUACACUUAACGUACUUGUUCCAGUCUCCAGUGUAACAGUAACCAUCAGCGGCACAGACUUGGUGGAGUUCAACAGCUUUGUCAGUCUGUCCUGCUCCUCCUCUGGGUCCUCGCUCUCCUUCCUCUGGCUGAACGGCAGCUCUGUGGUUACAGCCACUGACAGAGUUCAGCUACUGAAUCUGAACCGUACGAUCACUAUAGUCAGUGUGAGCCGCUACGACCAGGGACCGUUCAGCUGCAGAGUGUCCAAUGCUGUCAGCAGUGGAACCAGUGAGCCAGUGAAACUCUCCAUCAGUUAUGGAGCAGAUAACGUUGGAAUCUCAGGUCCAGGGAAGUUAGAGGUGGAACAGACCUUAGUUUUAUUCUGCUCUGCUGAGUCCAGUCCACCUGCUGAUUACACCUGGACAGUGAAUGGGAAAGAGAUGCUGAACCAUUCUGCUGUGUUCAUUAAACAUGUGACCCAGUGCUCUGACAGUGGUACAUACGUCUGCCAAGCCAGGAACCAGCUGACAGGGAGAACAUCACUGGGAGAACAUAGUGUCUCAGUUCAAGCGUGUGGACUUUCACCUGGAGCCAUUGCAGGAAUAGUUAUUGCAUGUGUCCUGGUUUUUGGAGGAGUUUUAGCUGGAGGACUUUAUUUUUGGAAAAACAAUAGUUCAAUGUCGCCUCGUUUCGGUAGAAGCAACACCAGUGCUCAACCACAGACCUGUAAAACAGGACAAGAGGAGGUGUAUGAGAACGACUCAGUGAUUUAUGAAAACACCAUUUAACGCCGUCAGUCUUGAUGGUGAUACCGACGGCUCUGGAAGCGCCACUGUCAUCUAGAAACCCCGACCUUAUAAUACAAGCUAUUGUAAACAGACCUGUAAAGAAGCGUUAUUACAGCAUCUUUUUUUAGAAAAAAUCCAGGUAUUUACAGAUGCCUGCAGCAUUUUUCACUGUACACUGUGAUUCCUCAGUUGUAAUGUAUUAUUCAUGCUUUCCUCUAUGAAAUGGUGGUCAUGUGUGUGAUACUGUCACUUCACCUUUGACCCUUGUUUGCUUCAUUUUUCUUUGUUAUUCAUAUUUUAACACUGUUUGAACAAUAUUUUAACAUUUACCUGCAACAAACAGUGAAUACAAGUAAAUGCUAAUAAACAACUAAGCGUAUGUCCAUUAGAUGCCAUGAUAAGAAUCAGAAAAAGCUUCAUUGCCAGGUCCUGUAGAAAGCAUUGCACUUUACAGUUGGCACAGUUCAAUAGACUGACAGCGAUGAGGAAGAAGCUGUUUUUGUGGAGUGAGGUCCUAGUCCUGAUGGACUGGAGGGGAAGGGCUGGAUGGGUUCACGUGCUGGGUGAAAGGGGUCGGUUACAGUCCUGGCUGCAGGUUGUUACUGUAGCACGACGAUUGAGUCUGUCUACUGCAUAUUGUGCUCCAGGAUUUGACAAUUGAAUGUGUAGAACAUAUAUAUGUAAAAACUCUGGACAAAAGGGUUGCGUAAAUUCUGUGACUCCGGUCAUUUCAUGUUCAACACUACUCUUUUGCUGUAGAUGCUGCUGCACAAUGAGCAACAAGGAUUUAAUGAGCAGCAUCCUUGAUGUGUAACUGAUGUAAAUGUAAAUGCAACUGUGGUAGCUAGAUUUCCUUCUGAACCAUUAAAAAGUAAAUAGAGAGUUUCCAAACAUGUUUUGUCAAACUGGAUUUUUUGGGCCUAAACUUCCAGCGCCAGUUACAGUAGUUACAUACAGUAGCCUUAAAUAUAUUGUAUCUACAUAAAGAGUUUAAGCCCAUACUGUACUUCAGAAUCUCCAAACUAUGUCUGCCUUAAAUUAACAUUUAAGUAAACUUAGAGGUCAAUGGGCCAUGCCAUUUUUACCCCAACAGAAAUAGGACAACACAUACACAAAGCAGUUACAGGUAGUUAUAUACUGUACAGCAGUGCAAGCACAGGCAAUCUCUCCACACUGCCUGUCUCUCUCUCUCCUGAUACUACAAAAUGCCCACACAGAUAAUUGUGUGGGCAAAAGCUCUUACCUUACUGUCAGGUAAAGGCAGUCCACGCAGGGGUCAAUUGAGAAGGCAGAGUCCAAAACAGUACCGACAGGGAGCAGGCAAGACAAGGUCCAGGUCCAAGGUCAAAAACAAGGUCCAGAACUGGUACACAGCGGGACUUACUUGGCAUGAAUGCUGGGAUACAAGCUAACAAUCUGACAGGACUGAGGUGAAUAUUAGAGACUAAAUACUAUGACUGAUUACUCAACGGCAACAGAUAAAAAAGUCAUACAGUAUUCCUGGGAAAGUAAAGCAGAAACUAACAGAACAGAACAGAACCCGGAAAUGGUGCAAAAUAAAACAGGAAAUGGGAAAAAUGAAGAGCAAUGACACAGAACCAUGACACCUGGAGUCUAUUCCAGACAUUCCUUUGACAAUGAUUCUGCCAAAGUACAAAGGUUAUGGAACAGUCACUGCACACACAUCCAGUCUCUGUCAUAGCCACUGUGACAAUUAUGAAUGAAUUGGUUGUAGAUUCUGCAGCAGCUGCUUCUUCGGUGAGUGAGUGAAAAUGGAUCCGGAUUCAUGCGAAUAUGUACCGAGGGCUGGUGUGUGACAUGAAUGAACCUUUGUUUUGGCUCCACACAGCUGCGCUGCCACGCUGGUACAGAAACACAUCAGUGUGUGUGAUUGGGGAGGGGUUUGCAGCGCAGUGUUUCCCACAGAGAGGAGAACUGGGUCCAGAAGUACUGUAGACUUGGUGAGUUAUUACAAUCUGGCAUCAGUUCACUGUCAUUGACCUGGACUGCUUUUGAGGCAGGUAUAAAGACACAACACAUGUAAAAAAAAAUAAGGUUUUUAUUUAGAAAUAGAAUUUGUUCAACAGUCUGAGGACUAAAAAUGAAAUCAAUUCAAUUCGAUACGACAGAACGUCCUCUCUUCCUCGCAGGCUCCAUGUGUCACAAUCACACAAUCUUCUGUUGCUUUUGUUGUUCCUCCUAAUUCCUUCCUAAUUUGAUACACCUGUUUAGUUUUGUAUUUAAGUCCUGCUUGUGUUUCCUUUCGUUGCUGGUGUGUCAAGCCAUACAGUAGGUACAUCCGUUACUGUGAGUGUUAUACGGAGGGGAUUCAUUCAUGACGUGGAGUUUGUGUUGUCACUAAUGUCCUUUCUCCCGUCUGGUGUUAAGGUUUGUACCUUGUGGUGUCGUUCAUGUUUCGUUUCAUGAGCCUGUAGUGUAAAGAGCUGGUAAUUUAGUUCAGUUAUUUUAUAUUUAUUUAUUUUUUAUUUGUUAUUGGGUUUUCCUGCUAAGCAGUGAUUUUUUGUUCUAACCUUAUGUUUAGAGCUUUAGUGCGGCCGAGCAGUGAGUGUUUGUGUUGAACAUUUAAUAAAUUAACUGUUAAUUUCAGUUCUGAGUUGCGUCGUUGCAUUUGGGUCCUACCUGCAUUUGAAUUGUUUUUUAUACAGUACAUGCUCCGGAACUCCAGCCUUUCUCUAAAUCAUUGUGGGCUUCACUCACUGAAACACAUUUUUUGAUGAUGAUCUACUUUGGACACAGAUUAAUUGUAAUUUUAUUAGUCCUUCA